AUGGCACCCGAUGGUGCAGCGAACUUGGUCUCGGCCAUUCUAUUCAUUGUAUUGGACUCGCUAGCUGUUCUGUUACGCUUCAUCUCGAAGUACAAGACAAAGCGUGGUUUCGCUGCUGAUGACUACUGGAUGCUUGUGGCUUUGAUAUGGACUUACGCUUGGGCAGCCUUGGUCAUUUACUCUGUCAUCGGUAUCAGCGGGACUUUGGAGAUACAGCUCUUCUCAGAUAUCACGAAGUUGUCGGAGCUGACAAAGAUUCUCUGGGUAGCCAGUCACGUGUGGCCACCCGCAAUCACGGCGCUCAAGAUUUCCAUCCUCUGCUUUUACAAAUCGAUCUUCUCGAUACCCUGGUUCGUUAACACAACUUAUGUGCUCAUGUCAAUAUGUGUACUGUGGCUGUUCUCGGGUUUUUGGGUCAUUCUUUUCCAAUGCACACCUAUUCGCGCUGUCUACGACUUCUCGCCUACUGUCCAAGCAAACAAGCACUGCGUUGAGUUCGGUCAGUUCGUAUUCUUUUACGAGUUACUCAACGCAUGUAUCGACGUGGCUAUUCUCGCCCUGCCUGCGUUUAUAGUACCUCGUUUGCAACUUUCCACGCCAAGAAAGAUUCAGGUCAUGAGCAUCUUUCUCCUGGGCGGCUUUGUUCUCAUCACCAGCGUUCUUCGUAUGGUUUAUUCUUAUAAUCCGGACAACCCCAAAGCUGUUCCAUCUUAUACCAAGGGAAUCAUGUGGUCUACUAUCGAGCUAGGAAUAGCCAUGAUCUGUGGAAACUUGCCCACCUACCGUCCUCUCUUUCCCAGAAACACUGGCUUUUUCUCCAAAAUGACACAUUGGUAUGCUACCAUCCGUGGAUCUGUACGAGGUUCCAUACGAGGCAAGUCGCCACAGGUUUCCUUCGGGACUCAGUCAUCGAAGGAUUCUCGCAACAUGUUUGAGCGUGAGGAUGAAACCCAGCUCACGACCAUUGAGGGACCUUCGAAGCUGGAUGAUACGCACCGCCAGAACUAUGAGAUGGGCACAAUCUCCAUUGAUAGCCGCGUGGAGAUCCGUUCGUAUCAGAAUGUCUAA